CCAGAGAAAUAAUAGGAGGAGCUGAGCUCUUCCCUCUCCAUUCUGUUCUUUAGAGCCGUUGCUGGAGCUGACAGAUGAUUUUCCUCAAAGUCAAAAGGUUGUGUCCACUCCACAUGGCAAUUCAAGUUGGAUCUUCAUUUUAAAACAAUGGAGAACGGGCCUCUGCAAGUUCUGACUGUCCCCACAGCCCCCUAUCCCGACCAGAGACCUGGCACCAGCGGCCUUCGGAAGAAGGUUUACGUAUUUCAGUCCAAGAGGAACUAUCUGCACAACUUCAUCCAGAGUAUCUUCUCUUCCAUUGACCUACCUGACCGUCAGGGUGCAACCCUGGUGGUGGGAGGAGACGGACGCUUCUUCAGCAGACCGGCUAUUGGGGUCAUUGUUCAGAUGGCAGCUGCCAAUGGGAUUGGUCAUCUCAUCAUUGGACAACAUGGGAUGAUGUCAACGCCAGCAGUCUCAUGUGUGAUCAGGAAAUACAAAGCCAUUGGUGGGAUCAUCCUCACUGCCAGCCACAACCCUGGUGGACCCAAUGGAGACUUUGGCAUUAAGUUUAACACAGCUAACGGAGGCCCAGCCAAGGAAGAGGUCACAAGCAAGAUCUACCAGAUCAGCAGAACCAUUGAGGAGUUUGCCAUUUGCCCUGGACUGCGUGUGGAUCUGCAAACCCUCGGGAAACAGGCGUUUGAUCUGGAGAACAAGUUCAAACCCUUCACAGUUGAAAUAGUUGACCCUGUGGAGUCUUACGCUAACCUUCUGAGGAACAUCUUUGACUUUGCGGCUUUGAAGGAACUUCUGUCUGGCGAGAAUCAUGUCAACAUAAGGCUAGAUGCAAUGCAUGGAGUGCUGGGACCAUAUGUGAAGAGAAUACUGUGUGAGGAGCUGGGUUGCCCGGCUAAUUCUGCCAUUAACUGUGUCCCGUUGGAAGACUUCGGAGGUCAACCCCCUGAUCCUAACCUUAUGUAUGCUACAGACCUGGUUGACAGCAUGAGAGACGGACAACAUGACUUUGGAGCAGCAUUUGAUGGGGAUGGGGACCGUAACAUGAUCCUGGGUAAGCAUGGCUUUUUCCUCACCCCGUCUGACUCUGUGGCUGUGAUAGCAGACAACAUCUUCUGCAUCCCGUACUUUCAGCAUACAGGCGUUAGAGGCUUUGGCCGCAGCAUGCCCACAAGCACAGCGUUGGACAGAGUAGCCAAAGCAACAAAAAUAGAGCUGCAUGAAACUCCUACUGGCUGGAGGUUCUUUGGAAAUCUGAUGGAUGCUGGCAUGCUGUCUUUGUGUGGAGAGGAAGGCUUUGGAACAGGUGGGGACCACAUUCGUGAGAAGGAUGGGCUUUGGGCUGUGCUGGCAUGGCUGUCCAUCAUUGCAACUAGAAGGCAGAGCUUGGAAGAUAUUCUGAAAGAACACUGGCUAAAAUAUGGAAGAAAUUACUUCACAAGAUAUGACUAUGAGAAUGUAGAUAUAGAUGCAGCGUGCAACAUGAUGGAAGAUUUGGAAAUUUUGAUCUCCGACAAGUCCUUUGUGAAGCAGAGAUUUGCUGUUGAAGACAAAAUCUACCAGGUGGAAAAAGCAGACAACUUUCAGUACACAGACCCCGUGGACAGCACCAUAACCAGGAACCAGGGACUGCGGAUUAUAUUCUCUGAUGGUUCCAGAAUCAUCUACAGACUGGGUGGGACAGGUGCUGAGGGAGCCACAGUUAGGAUCUACAUUGACAGCUAUGAAAGAAAACUCAUUUUUGAAGACACGCAGGUGCAGCUGGCACCCCUGGCAACUAUUGCUCUGAAGAUUUCUCAACUUCAUCACAGGACGGGUCGAAACGGGCCGUCACUCAUUACAUGAAUCUUCCUCCCAAUGGCUUCAUCUUUCAUUCAUUUCUUUAUUUUUAUUUUAUUGUUCUGCCUAUAAUUUUUGUAUAAACACAGCAGCAAAUCAAACAUUGGAAGCACUGUGUGCAACAGAUUAAUUGUCAGACUCAUCUUUGUAGUUUUCCUCAUGCAUCUGGUAUGUUAUCACGUGUGCUUUUGAAAUGAACCCCAUCUGCUUUCGGCUUAUGGAUUUUUAUUUCCUGUGCAUUGUGUCUGAUCAGAGUAACUAAUUAUUCAACACGGCAUGGUUCUAUUUUCUUUCACUCUAUUGUUUUUCUAAUGUGACCGCAUACACAGAUUACUUUCUGAAGACUACUGAGAGCUGAAUUUUACAUAAUCAAGCUAAUCGCUCUUUUAUAUAAUACUAAUAUAUAUUUGCAUACGGACAGUGUGUUGGUUUAAAAAGCCAAUAACAGACUCCUUCCUAUAAGCUUCAAACUAUUCUUUGGCUUGUUUAUGCUCCCUAAUAUGGGAAAAUGAAAAUUCCUCACCGAAUAAUAACCUAAAACUGAGCAUGUGUGACACAAACCAAUGCACCCAUUAAAAUCAACACUCCAGAAAAUGAUGAAAACAAAAACAAGGAACCAUUUGAAUACAGUGUUCACCAGAUAAAAUGAACUAUUGUCACUGUCAUAUUGAAUAAACUCAUUUUUCAUUGUACUGUG